AAAAAAUUGGAACUUUCACUAGGCGGACGGACAGCUGCAGUUUAGGCGACGUUAAUAGUAAUCUAAAUAAUGAAGCAGCACAAUCAUGAGACAGGAUAUACAAACAAAAAGAAAACCCAACACAGCCGUCUGUGUAUCUCUCCGUAUACAUGUGUUUAGAUGAUAGGCCCUUGAUUGUUCCAGCCUAGAGCUUCAUUUCCUGGUUAGGGAGGGUACGGGGAGAGCAGCGAGGACUCCUUUUAGAGCUGCCUUAAAGGGAGACUAGCAAAAAAAAAAAAAAAGAGACUGUCAUGCAGACAGACAGGGAUUGAGGUAUCGGAGGAAUUCAGUAAAGAGCCUGGCUGAUCAGGCAUCUCGGUGAAGAGAGUGGUGCGUGCCAGGAUUUGCAAAAGCACUUGCGUUGUGGCACAUAGAAAUUUUAAAGAAGCCCGCGUAGGAACAGUGUAUGUAAGGGAGGGGGCGAGCCACCGGGCAAUUAUAAAUAAAGGGAUAAUAGGCGCUAUCUCUGCUACAACUCUUCCCCUAGGAAACUAAAAGGGGUAGAGGGGGGGUAAGCGUGGAUUUUUGGAGAUCUAUGGAAAAUGGAAAACCAGCAGCCACCAGGAGCAGCAGCAGGGUGGGGGGAAGACACCCCAGGAAAAAACCCUGAACCCAUAGGCAGCAAAUCUACAAAAAGAAAGACCAUGGAGCCCGACGAGAGCAAAAACAAACCCAAGCUGAACAUUCAUAUAAAAUCGUUGGCAGAUGACAUGCGUGACAGGUUAACAAGUUUUCGGAAAUCAGCUGUAAAGAAAGAAAAACCUCUUAUCCAGCAUCCCACUGAUUCUCAAAUGCCAGCGGCCGAAUUCCCCGCUCCCCAGCAACUUUUUGAUGAACGUUCAUUGAAUCUUUCGGAGAAGGAAAUUAUGGACCUCUUUGAGAAAAUGAUGGAAGAUAUGAAUCUGAACGAGGAACGCAAAGCUCCUUUGCGGCAGAAAGACCUGGCGCGGAAACACGAGAUGGUUGUCCAGUAUAUUUCUGCCACAGCUAAAUCUAUAACUGGGAGUAAAGCCGCGGGAGGACUGAAAAACAGUAAACAUGAAUGUACGCUCUCUUCUCAAGAAUACGUGCAUGAACUGCGUUCUGGAAUUACUGAUGAAAAACUCCUAAACUGUCUGGAGUCUCUGAGGGUUUCCUUAACAAGUAACCCCGUCAGCUGGGUUAACAAUUUUGGACAUGAAGGCCUUGGGCUCCUCUUGGAUGUUUUGGAGAAGCUGCUGGACAAGAAGCAGCAAGAAAGUAUUGACAAGAAGAAUCAGCAUAAACUCAUCCAGUGCCUGAAAGCAUUUAUGAACAAUAAGUAUGGAUUGAAGCGGAUGCUGGGUGAAGAAAAAAGUCUCGUGUUACUGGCCAGAGCUAUUGAUCCAAAGCAGGCCAACAUGAUGACUGAAAUACUAAAGAUACUGUCGGCCAUCCUUAUUGUGGGCGAGGAAAAUAUAUUAGACAAACUUCUUGAAGCUAUAACUACCGCAUCUGAAAUAAACAACAGGGAGCGUUUUUCUCCUAUUGUGGAAGGUUUAGAGAAUCAGGAAGCUCUUCAAUUGCAGGCCUCUUGUAUGCAGUUUAUAAACGCCCUCUUGACCUCUCCAGAAGAUCUGGACUAUAGAAUACAUCUGAGGAAUGAAUUCUUAAGAUGUGGAUUAAAGCAAGUAUUACAAGAUCUGAAAGAAAAGGAAAACGAGGAGCUUGACAUCCAAUUAAAAGUAUUUGAUGAAAAUAAAGAAGAUGACCUUCUUGAGCUAUCACAUCGGCUCCGGGACAUCCGAGCAGAAAUGGAAGAUAUGAAUGAAGUUUACCACCUUCUCUACAAUUUGCUUAAAGACACCCCUUCUGAACCAUUCAUGCUGUCCAUUUUGCAACACUGCCUGCUGAUCCGCAAUGAUUACUAUAUCAGGCCACAGUACUUCAAGGUAAUAGAUGAAUGCGUUGGACAAAUUGUUUUACAAUGUGGCGGGAUGGAUCCAGACUUCAGAUACAGAGGGAGGCUAGACGUUGAUUUUGCUCAUCUUAUAGAUGCCUGCGUAGACAAGGCAAAAGUUGAAGAAAGUGAGCAGAAAGCGUCCGAAUUUUCUAAAAAGUUUGAUGAAGAGUUCACGGCACGACAGGAGGCGCAGGCUGAGCUUCAGAAACGAGAGGAGAAAAUCAAAGAACUGGAGACGGAAAUCCAGCAGCUACGGACGCAGGGUGCUAAACUUCCAAGUGGACCCCUACCGACUGGAGGUCCUGUACCACCUCCUCCGCCACCACUGCCUGGUGGAGCAGUGCCUCCUCCUCCACGACCACCUCCACCACCUGGUGGGAUCCCUCCUCCACCACCUCCACCUCCGGGAAUGGGGCCCCCACGUGCUCCACCUCCACCCCCAUUUGGGGGUCCUGCUCCACCACCUCCACCUUUUGGAGGUAUCCGACCGCCUUCAGCCCCAGUGCCUCCUCCAGUAGUCUUACCUUUUGGAAUGAAGCCCAAGAAAGCAUACAAGCUAGAAUCCAACAUGAAAAGGAUAAACUGGUCAAAGGUUGAACCACAAGAACUAUCAGAGAACUGUAUUUGGGUCAAGGCCAAGGAAGACAGAUUUGAACACCCGGAUCUCUUUGUAAGACUAUCACAGACGUUUGCGACGCACAUGAAAGCCAAGAAAGCAAUGGAGGAGGAACAAGAGAAUAAACCAGUAGUUACAAAGAAGAAAGUAAAAGAGCUGAGAGUUCUGGAUAGUAAAACAGCCCAAAAUCUAUCAAUCUUCCUUGGAUCUUAUCGAAUGCCAUACGAAGAAAUAAAGAACAUUAUUUUAGAAGUAGAUGAAGAGAAGCUGUCGGAAUCUUUAAUCCAGAAUCUCAUAAAAAAUCUCCCGGAGCAGAAAGAACUGAGUGCUUUGGCGCAGCUGAAGAGCGAAUACGAAGACUUGUGUGAGCCGGAACAAUUUGGAGUUGUGAUGAGUUCAGUGAAAGUACUCCGGCCGCGACUAAACGGUAUCCUCUUUAAGUUGAUGUUUGAUGAACACGUCAGCAACAUCAAGCCAGAUAUCAUAAGCGUGACGCUGGCCUGCGAAGAGCUGAAAAAGAGUGAGAACUUCAAGAAAAUGGUAGAACUUGUGCUGCUCGUGGGAAACUACAUGAAUUCUGGCUCUAGAAAUGCACAGUCGCUUGGAUUUAACAUCAGCUUUCUCUGCAAGAUCCGAGAUACAAAAUCGUCAGAUCAGAAAACGACAUUACUCCAUUUCCUGGCUGAAAUCAGCGAAGAACGCUUUCCAGAAAUAUUGAAAUUUCCUGAAGAGCUAGAACAUGUUGAGAGCGCCAGCAAAGUUUCCGCGCAGAAUCUGAAAAGCAGCAUUGAUGCCAUGGAGCACCAGAUCAAGAGACUGGAGAGUGAUAUCAAGAAUUUCCCCAAAACAGACAACGUGAACGAUAAGUUUGUUGAUAAAAUGACUACCUUUGCAAAGGGUGCCCGGGAGCAAUAUGAAAAGCUUUCGAAUAUGCACAACAACAUGAACAAGCUUUACGACAAUUUAGGAGACUACUUCACCUUCGAUCCUAAAGCUGUGAGCGUGGAGGAGUUCUUCGGAGAUCUGAGCAGUUUCCGUACUCUCUUCUUGGAGGCCGUCAAAGAAAACAACAAGAGACGGGAGAUGGAAGAGAAGAUGAAACGGGCAAAGAUAGCAAAAGAAAAAGCCGAACGGGAAAAAAUGGAGCGGCAGCAGAAGAAGAAACAGCUCAUUGAUAUCAAUAAAGAGGGUGACGAGACAGGAGUGAUGGAUAGUCUGCUCGAGGCCCUGCAGUCAGGAGCCGCUUUCCGAGAUCGCAGGAAAAGAACUCCAAAAGUUAACGAUAACCGCCAAGCUGCUCUGGAAAGGUCACGGUCUCGCCAUCACGGAAGAAUGGUACCUGCAUGAUUUCUUCAAAGCCAAAAAAAUAAGAAAACAGAAUCGGGCAACUCUAACGUCAUCCAAGAUAAAGGAACAUCACAGGAAGAAAUUCAAACUUCUGCACAAUUAAUAAGAAGAAAAACAGAUGAACUAUAUACUUAUCGCAAAUGUGUCGGUAUCAGAGGAAUCGGAAAGAUACUGAGCUGUUUUAGGUUGCCAGGCAUUCUAGAAAGUGUUAAAAUCCUACAAAUAUAUAUAUAUAUAUAUUUUUUUUUUUCCAAGAAGCAGUAUUAGGCAUUGUUAAGUCUGAUAUAAUGUGUCGCUUUUAUGUAUCUAUAAAUUUCCAGGAAGAUAUGACGUAUAAUUUUAAUUUGUCCUUAUUAUAAAGCUGGGGAUUAAUAUAUAUUACGGUUUUAUUAAGCUGAUGAGAAAAUUGCUAUUAACAUACAAAGCACUGAAAAUUGUAACCCUUAACAUAUACAUAGAUAUAUCCAGAUAUACACAAAUAUUGCACUUAUAAUAUAUGUCUCCAUUUCCGCUUUACUUUUGUGAGCAUGAGGAACCAUGUAGCUUGUAGUUGUUUUAUUUCCUCUAUGUUUAGAUAUGUUAGCGCACAUAAACAGUUAAUUAAUUCUAGAAUCAGAGAUGCAUGGGUGGCUUUACUGUCCAGUUUUAACUUUGAUUUCAAUAAGUAAAAGCUUAGAGCUGUGGGUUGUGGUCUCUUAGCCUAAGUUUUUUUUUUUUGAGGAUUCCAAUUAAAAUCAUUAUUUUAAAAAAAA